AUGGCGGCUUCGAGUUCACGAGAAGGAGAUGAUUACACGAUUAUGGAGAAAGAUCCGACAGGGCAAUACUCAAGGUACAACAUUAUCAUCGAUCAAGGCCAAUAUAAAGUAGUUUUCUUAGGAUAUGAUGAGAUUAAUGGCAUAGAAAUUGCUUGGAAAAAGAAAUUUCUAAAAGAUGAUUGUACUCUUGGUUUGCUUCGAGAAGAUUCCUUGUUGAAGAAUUUAGACCAUGAAAAUGUACUAAAAUGCUACCAUUCUUGGGUUAGUCCACAAAAUAAAUUGACAUGUAACAUAAUUACUGAGCUUUAUUCUUGUAAUUUGAGAUACUACACCAAGAAACAUGAUAUUAAAGAAGGUGAUCCAUUGAUCAAGAAUUGGUGUCGACAGAUUCUAACAGGGCUUGAAUUUCUUCACAAUCAACGUGAGCGGAUUGUUAUUCACAGUUGUCUGAAGUUGGAAAACAUAUGUGUUGUUGGGGACUCAGGCACGGUUAAGAUAGGGGAUGUGAAUUUUGCGGCGUUUGUUUUACCGGGGACUAGUACAGAGAGUAGUGAUACUGUUGGUGCUGCUGAACUUGCACUGUCUGAGAUGCACUCUUUUGGGGUGUGUGUGCUGCAGAUGCUGAAUGAUGAAACAGUUGACAGAAGAUUACGAGAGUUAAACAAUGUGACAGACGAAGAGCUUCAGAGGUUCAUUCAGAGGUGUUCAGCUGAUGUAGGAAUUAGGCCUACAGUUACUGAUCUCCUGAAUGAUCGGUUUCUUGAACUGAGUACUACUACUGCAGCAGGUUCUGCAGCAGCAUCAGUACCAUCUGUGAAUGUAUCGCCUGCUGACACAAGUGAUCAGGGGGUUAGAGAACAAGAACGACCGCCUUUUAUUGCAGAACUCAACGAAGAAUAUACGAAAUUUGCAUUUGUUGGAGAAAAGUUGGACAGUGAACUAAUGUCUGUGACAUUGAGGACUACUGAAGUUAAGAUUGAUGAUUUUGUGUUCCGUUUCGAAACUGAUACAAUUCUGCAAAUGAUGAAUGUAAUCAGAACAGAAGCUGGCCUGUCAGACGAAGAAGCUGUAUCACUUGGUGUGAGACUGGAACUACUGAGAUUAUAUCACCCACCUGUUGCAGCUGAUGAAGUUGAUAUCACCGAUAACGCAGGUAGUGAAAAUCCUGAGGGUGAUAUCGACGAUACCACAGGUAUUGAAAAUCCUGAGGGUGAUAUCGACGAUAACACAGGUAUUGUAAAUCCUCCUGAGGGUGAUAUCGACGAUAACACAGGUAUUGUAAAUCCUCCUGAGGGUGAUAUUGCCGAUAACACAGGUAGUGUAAAUGCUGAGGGUGAUAUCGACGACAGAAACUCAUCUGCAUCUUCUGAAAAUGCUCGACAAGUAGCUGAUGAAAUGGGUCUGAGAAAUCCGGAAAGUCUAUUAAGGUGA